UGUCUACAAUUUAGCGUAUAAAUAAUUUGACCAUGGUUUUCGUCCCUCAGAGCUUUUUUUACUUUUGCAGUUAUUUAUUUUAUUACAUUAUAUCUAGGUUAUUGUUUUAUUUAAUCCAGCCAACGUAUUUAUUCUUAUUCAUGAAGUUUACUAUUUUUGCAUUUGCACUUGCCCUCGCAGGAGCUGCAUCGGUUACGGCCGCUGAGGAUACCCACAAGCUAUCUACUCGCAACGAUAUCCUGUGUAUUUCUCUUAGCAUACCUGUAGCAACUAAGACCACGUUUAACCGCCGCGAUAAGGCUUAUAUUGCCGUGAUUAGCGUAGAAGAGACUGAUAUUAAAACUAUAUGAUUGGUAGUGGCCAUGUCAAAAAUCAAAAACAAAGUCUUAAUAUUGGUUGAUGGCGAUCAGCUGAUUAACC